CCGGGAGAGGGAGGAAAGAGAGUCAAGCAGGAGGGUGGCCCGCAACGUCUGUCCCACGAUCUAGCGCCAUCAUUUGAGAGAGACCGCUUGCACGAGUCCAUACCCGGCCAAACAAGCCCGGGAAUCGAGCGCGCGUCUAGAAUCCGUCUCGCCAUGGCAGGUAAAUGGAAAGCGUGAUGUUAGCUAGCUAACUGAUAGCUAUGACAUCUAGCUAGCUACCUGCGGUAAUAACGUUACUGUAGCUAGCUAGAGAAGUUUAAAUAUAGCACAUAAUAUAUAUAUAGCUAGCUAGUUGCUAACGUUAGCUAGGAAAUCUACCGGUGGUAAUAACGCUAGCUAUAUGUAGAUUUCCUAGCUAACGUUAGCAACUGUGUUAUAUAUAUAUAUAUAUAACACAAUACUGUAUUUAAACUUAUCUGUAAGUCAAGUUAACUUAACUAAUAGCUAAAGCUAAAUAACUAAGUUAGGUAACUCAUGAUAUGUCACUGGCCCUGAACCAAUCAUCCUCACUGGGGUCUAACUUUGCCUAGCUCCACGUUCCUCUCACACAUCAUAGCUAACUAAUAUGCAUCGCUGUCAUUUCAAGCUAACUGUUAAUAUUAAACUGUAACUAGUCACAACUAUACCAAAGACUAUACUUUCCUUUACCAUUGUGGCUAUAGUAUAUAAAAUAGCUAACAUUCAGUGAGUUAGCCAGGCGGCCAAGUAUUGGUAGUCAAGCUAACUAGCUUGCUAAAUUAUCCUUAAUGUUGGUGGUACAAUCGCGUUAGCCAUCGCGUUACCUAACUAGCUACUGGUAGCUUGCUAGGCCUGAACGCAGCAAGCUAACCUAAACUUUGAGGGAGUCACCGGUGGCAUUUGUGAGUCUCCUCCUCUGUCAUGCAUUGUGGGCUAGCUAGGCUACUGGUUAGUUAAUGUUCUCGAACCACCAUUUCUAUAUGUCUUGCAAUGGAAGGCUAUCGAUCACAUUUAACAGAUUCGUCAGUUGCCGCAGCAUGACCGGCUAGUUGAGCGGGAGUCGUGAUGUGAAAGAUGGUGGAUGGAUGAUGACUGGCUUUUCUGAACAGCACCUUGCACCUGUACGAUGUCCACCUUUAAUGCCCCACCAUGGAUUAAGCCAUGAGUCACAGUUGAGUUAUAUUGCUGGAUGUGGGAUUUGAUGUAAUAUUUAUGUGUACUUGAACAUGAAGAUUGUCAACACAAUAUAACUGUGCCAUUUCCCUCAGGCUGGGAUUGCAUUGCUAGGUGUGAUAAGAAUGACCUGGCUGAAAUCAGUCUAAUGCAGAAUGCAGCUAGCUAUGACUCAGUUUAUGCAUGACAUUCAGUGUAGGUAGGGCAAACCCGUUUUGGUGAUUUCUGCUGUGGCGAACCGUGACUAUAGGACUUAGGCCUUCAGAGGGACCAAAAAUCGUCCAUUAUGUUGUAUCAAACAAAAAAAAUCAAGAAAAUAACAACAGCUUCACUUAAUGCGCCCAACAUAUCUUCUGUGGUCGGACCAUUCGAGUUCUAUUGAAGGAGGAGCAAUACUUUUUGAUGGCAUUAUGAAUGAAUCAAACAGGCCUGGCCGUGUUUUUCAGGCUGCCGCACACACAGAGACAGAACCGGCAUGGACACAACGUGACACACAGCAUAAAAUAAUGCACUAUUUACACAACUCAUGGUAGCCAACAGCACUAUCACACCAUCACCAAUGGGGACAACAACAGUGUCACAUCAAAGGUGACAGGCUCACAGUGCUGAAAGGACAGCGACUGGUAUACCUGUGCACUCCAUGGCACUGAAGGAGAGUACAAUUUGGUCAAACACACAGACACGACUGAUAGACAGUCGGCAGCAGUCACACACAGCAUCAAAUAAUGUUAAAGAAUAAGCAGCCUAUUCACUCCAGUAGGCCCCAUGAAAUCAUAAUACAAAAGCACUACCAUUUCAUGUCCAAAAUGAAAUUAACAAACCAGCUAUUACUUCCCAUUGCAAAUAUAUUUUAUCACGUUCAUCACACUAACCAUUGAUCUAAAGUUUAAAUGCAACAAUGUUUCAGUCAUUAUUUUCAAAGAGAUAACUAACAGCAAGCGAGCUGCAACAAAAAACAGUGCCACUCACCAGAUAAUCAUUUGUAUAAAAAAAAUAUUGUUUAAAAGUUAAUCUUAAAAGGUGAUGCUAACCAAUUAGCAACAACAUCCACCUUGAAGUUUAUAACAGCUGCUGCAGUUGCCUUCGCCAUUCACACUACUACAACACAAGCUAGCUAACAUUAUUUUAUGCUCUCCUCUUCAAGGUUUUAUGGCCGACUACAACCUAUUAGUGUAUUGCCGCCACCUAUUGUAUUGUCUGUUUAUCAGCCUACUAUUCUGUAUUAUGAAUUCAUUACCUCUUGCGCUCUCCGUAGUGACAUGUUGAAGGCCUAGACAAGUAAAAAAAUAAAUAAUAAUAAGGUCCCAUCCAUUGCAAGUCAAAAUGUGAUUGGUUCAUUCCACUGUCACUCCAAAAUUCUGCUCUAAUACAGUUGAAUGGCAGAGGCCUUCUGUCCAGCUGGCUAAGCUAGCUAGAUUUUUCUACCCAGAGACCACCAAAGAAAAUCCUUAUUGGAUAUAUUUUUUUCUAUUCCUUAUUAACCCUUCUCUUUCCAACACAAACUGAAGAGAUUAAAUCAGAAAAUUAUUACAAUUAUUGUAAAGAUGAAAUAGAAAUUAAAAUGAAAUGUCAUUCAAAAACAUAUACAUUUUUAUAAAUCCUUAGGCCUUCUCUGAGUGUAUUGGUGUGUGUGGCCCAGCGUGUGACAAAAUCAAUAGUACAAAACAAAAUAUGUUGAUCUGUUUUAAGCAAUUGAUCUUGUCAUCGUGUUUACAAUAAACUUUUAUACUAAUAUCACCAAUCUGAGGUAAAAAGGAUGUGUAAUUCCCCCCCCAAUUCAAUCUGGUCAAAGCAUCCGCUUGUGAAAUGUAGUAACACGUACUGUCCACAUCAUGGAAAGUAGCGCAACGUAAAUUAAUUAGAUAUGGCAAAAUAAUUCAAUUUAGGAGGAUGGUAAACUAAGCAAAUUCAGAUUUUUACAAUCACGUAUUUCUCACUAGUUUAACCAUUUGAGAUUUUUUUAAAUGCUCUGAUGCACAGAAAGAACUCCCCAUAGUGACUGUGCAGCAGCCCAUUCAUUCAACUUCCCUAUUCAGUGUCUGUGAAAGUAUACAGCGCUCUAAAUAUAGACCUGUCUGCCUUCCAGCAUCUAUUGUAAGUUAGCCAGCUAAAGAGGCCUUUGCAAUGACUCUCUAAUGAUGGAAUAGGGCUGGGUGACUAUAUCGAUUCAUGUUUUUGCGCAAUAUUCCAAAUGCCUUUAUCACAAGAAUCAAGGUUUUGUAUUUUUUGUUUUUAUGAGCGUUUAUGUCCGCUUGUUGUCUUUUUUUGGUCUCGUCUCCUUCGCUCCUCCUGUGCUGUGCACCUUCCCAUUUACACCAGAGAUCUGAAUAUAAUGACGAGAUGCUCAUGUCUCCACCUAACAAUGGGAGUCAUUGUCCCAAAGGCUGGAAGGCAGGCGACAAGCUUAGGUCCAAAAUAAGCCCAUAGAAAUGCAUUGGGCUUAUUUUUGACAGAUUUUGGCGAUAGUGAAACCUCUUGCUUCGUCUCUUCCUCUCUGUUUACACACACACACCAAGCCCCUGCACUCACUCCAACAAAGUUGAGAGAUUUCUACUUCUUCUCUGACAAGCAGUUUCAACUCGCUAUUUGAGGUUUGGUCCAACAGAAUCGGUCAUAUUAACACCAAAGCACAUUGAGCCAUUAUUUUACUGUAAUAGAGGAGAAGUGAACCUUUCUAACGAUACUUUUGUUUCAACUACUCAAAUUGUGUGCAGAGAAGACACUACUAAAACAGGAGGAUCAAGGAACAUUGAUUCUGGCAAAUUAAUGCUCAGUUGGUCGCGCAUGGCAUUGUGUUACCAUGUAUUGCUAGCAGCAUUUUAGCCAAAGACUGUUAUACUAUCUAGUCUUGUGUUUUAUACAUGUGCAAUAUGCAUAAAACACAAUUAUAUAAGGAAUUGGCAACUUGUUCUCAUUCUGAGAAAUAAGUUAGGCCACUUGAUUUCAACAUCUGAACAAAGUGGACAGGCUAACAUCAUUUUCAAACAGUUGGAGACAGACAGAAGGGUGUGUUAAUAACAUGUUCUGUUCUGCCUUUUUAGCUAGCAAAUAGUUGGCAACUUAAAAUAUAAAGAUUAUCUGGCUACUCACUAGGAUGUGGAUUUGUGCUUGAAGUUGUUUUAAAACCGUGUUAAUUUUCUAUAAUGCCUGCUACAAGAAGUUAGUAAUUAUUAGUAAAUGUGCAUUAUGCAUGGUUCUGGUUAAAUUUGUAACAAAAGGGCAUUUUCAUGGACCGACAUGAAUGCCAGAUCAGUGACUAUUGCAAAAAAGCUCAUAUUUAUCCUAAUUUCACAAGAUCUGAAUUCAUUAGAUUAUUGCUGACUGUUUGAGAUGCUGUGUAUCUGACCUUUAACUGUACAGCAGCUUAUUUAGAGAGAAGAAAUCACCCAUACAUUUGGAAUAAUCUAGAUAUGAUUUCUAGGCCAUAUCGCCCUAGAUGGAAUAAGUUAUUACUUGUUGACUGAGGGCUCUAUUUUUUGCAGAGGCAGAUGACAACCUAAUUUAGCAUACUAACCACACUUGUAAUCAGCCAAGUAACAUGCUAUAUGUAUGAGGGUUCUGUAGUUCACUCACCCUUUUUCAUGGGGCCUAAUUUCAGAAAAUAAACCAGUCCCAUUUCCUUUUAUCUAUGGGACAUUAGGCUUCACCCUCUUCAUUGAGAACCUCAUUGUCAUACCCACCCCUCCUGCAGUUAUCACACACCCAAACACUCUGCACCCCAAACAUAUUUGUAUCAACAAAUCUAACCAGUUCCAUUGUGCAAUAAAAUAAAUGAUUACAUGUGGAAAUGUACAACUCAACCUGUUUCUUUGUGCAAUGACAGUUUUCAAUCGAGAACCUGUCGAGACUAGUUAUACUGUACCUGUAUUAACCCAGCCAAUUUUGAUAGACACAUUUGAGACGGGCUAUGCACAAAUCUCUGUGGGGAAAGUUAUAUUUUUGAUCUACAGUGCAUUCGGAAAGUAUUCAGACCCCUUGACUUUUUCCAUAUUUUGUUACGUUACAGCCUUAUUCUAAAAAAAUAAAAUAAUAAUAUCCUCAUCAAUCUACACAUAAUAACCCAUAAUGACAAAGCAAAAACAGGUUUUUAGACAUUUCUGCUAAUUUAUUAAAAAUAAAAAUAAAACGUUUAAGACAUUUACAUAAGUAUUCAGACCAUUUUCUCAGUACUUUGUUGAAGCACCUUUGGCAGCGAUUACAGCCUCGAGUCUUCUUGGGCAUGACGCUACAAGCUUGGCACACCUGUAUUUGGGGAGUUUCUCCCAUUCUUCUCUGCAGAUCCUCUCAAUCUCUGUCAGGUUGGAUGGGGAGCAUGGCUGCACAGCUAUUUUAAGGUCUCUCCAGAGAUGUUCAAUCGGGUUCAAGUCCGGGCUCUGGCUGGGCCACUCAAGGACAUUCAGAGACUUGUCCCGAAGCCACUUCUGUGUUGUCUUGGCUGUGUGCUUAGGGUUGUUGUCCUGUUGGAAGGUGAACCUUCGCCCCAGUCUGAGGUCCUGAGUGCUGUGAAGCAGGUUUUCAUCAAGGAUCUCUCUGUACUUUGCUCAGUUCAUCUUUCCCUCGAUCAUGAUUAGGAUCCCAGUCCCUGCCGCUGAAAAACAUCCCCACAGCAUGAUGCUGCCACCACCAUGCUUCACCGUAGGGAUGGUGCCAGGUUUCCUCCAGACGUGAUGCUUGGCAUUCAGGCCAAAGAGUUCAAUCUUGGAUUCAUCAGACCAGAGAAUCUUGUUUCUCAUGGUCUGAGAGUCCUUUAGGUGCCUUUUGGCAAACUCCAACUGGGCUGUCAUGUGCUUUUUACUGAGGAGUGGCUUCCGUCUGGCCCCUCUACCAUAAAGGCCUGAUUGGUGGAGUGCUGCAGUUUGGCCGGGCGGCCGGCUCUAGAAAGAGUCUUGGUGGUUCCAAACUUCUUCCAUUUAAAAUUGAUGGAGGCCACUGUGUUCUUGGGGACCUUCAAUGCUGCAGGAAUUUUUGGUACCCUUCCCCAGAUCUGUGCCUCAACACAAUCCUGUCUCGGCGCUCAACGGACAAUUCCUUCGACCUCAUGGCUUGGUUUUUGCUCUGACAUGCAAGGAUGAUCAAUGGAAACCGGAUGCACCUGAGCUCAAUAUCAAGUCUCAUAGCAAAGGGUCUGAAUACUUUUGCAAAUAAGGUAUUCCUGUCUUUUAUUGUUAAUACAUUUGCUAAAUUUUCAAAAAAUCUGUUUUUGCUUUGUCAUUAUGGGGUAUUGUGUGUAGAUUGAUGAGGAAAAAACAUUAAUUUAGUCCAUUUUAGAAUAAGGCUGUAAUGUAACAAAAUGUGGGAAAAGUCAAGGGGUCUGAAUACUUUCCGAAUGCACUGUAUUAUAGAAAUAUCAUACUGUAGUAGUAUUUCCCCUGCCUUGACCUAGUGUAUUAUGUUUGACCUUUUGACAUUAACAGCUGUUGAUCUUGAGCUGUGCCUCAGUGCCUGAGAGUCAUCUCUCCAAGUGUAUUGUCAAAAGGCUGUGGAAGCACAGUCCUAGGACUCCUGAGGCCAUUGCCGUUCAUUUGGACUUUGUCUCCAUGUAGUAUCAGAUGUUAUUAAAUACAAAUUAGCUUAUUGCACGAGAUGGGACCAAGACAGUCACAGAAGGUCAUUCUGUGUCUGUCUGUCUGUCUACACAUUUUCUCACGGCAAUGGUCAGGACACAGGCUCCCCCCUCUCUUCUAAACUCCUCUUCCUGUCAGAUUUGUAACGUAAACCGUCAUGCAAUAUCUUGAUCUGUAACUGUCAUUCUGCCAUUUCAGGAUCUGGAGGUGGGAGCAAUGACGUGCAGUGGUGCUUCUCACAGGUGAAGGGUGCCAUUGAUGACGACGUUGCCGAAGGUAAGAGCCCUUACUCACAUUGGUCAUAGCAACAGUGGUACUGUACAGUGGCAGUACUUGUUGCAGAAUCAUCAUGGAGUCUUAGUAGUUGUUAAUCAUAGUUUAUAAUAAAUUGAUAUGUUGUGCUGGAUAAAUCAUACUCGCUGCGACACGCUCGUCCACUUAUCUUGCAUUCCCCUGCGGUCACCCAUGUCUCCUAAUCUCCCUAAAUGUUACACUGCUAGCCUUGCAGACAGUCCAACACUAUGUGUAAGAGUGGCUGCAAAGUUGAUUUCUGACACAGUGGCUUGAUUGCUGCUUUCUCUUGUUGGCUUUUGUCCUGUGGCCUCUCAUGCUGACACAGUCUGUCUGAACAUCCAACAAGGUGUACUGUAUGCAGAGUUCCCAAGCAACUCUAUCCUCUCCUGCAAAUCUUCAGACCUGCCAACCUGCACGCAUUUUGCAUACAAUGUCUGCAAUUUGAGGUCAUAGUACCCUAGUACGAAAAACUACCCUAAAAUACGCAAAAAAAUUGGCUUCUACUUGGCACAUCGUUUUUUGACUCAACAGUCUGAAGUUGGAGCUGAGCCAAUCAGAGUACUCGGGUGAGGACAACUUCUUUUAACUCUCUGCUCCAUCCCACCUUGGGCCUGCCCCCGGGAGUCGUAGUACUAUUUUCCUCCCUCGAGCUGAAUGGCAGCUCUCUACUUCGUCCGUUGACACCAAUGAUGUGUAAGGAAAGGGUAGGGAAAAUGGAGAACGAACUGUUAGCCAAAUAUAUUUUCCAACAUUGUAUGUGUUAGUCAAGCACAUAACCACUAUUAUUUUGUAGUUAUCUCCUUAGGUAAGGCGUCAUUACAACGAAGGUCGUUAGCUGCAGCAUUUAGUCAACUAAGCGAACACUUUCUUGCUCGCACAUGCUUUGAUCUCCGCAACCGUAGUAGGCGAAGGCGCAUUAACUAGCAUGGAAGCGCGUGGUGUUGUGGUAGUUCCGUGUGCGUCGCUGUGUGGUUGAAAACAGACAUGGCAGAGAGCUGUUCCACUAAUAUCGUUCUUCAGAAUGUUACACUGUUAAAGAUUAGUAGGCCUAUGUAUGUUAAUUAAUCAGUUAUUGAUCUGACCUCUUGAUAUAAGCCAUAUGUUUUCAUUUUUGCCAUGAAAAUAAAUAUUGGAAUUAUGGUAUACCCUACUAUUAAUUAGAAUAAUCAUUACCCCUCAAUUUAACCUUAAAAUGUGUCAUUGAGACCACCUUCAUUUCAUUUUGGAUCAAACACUAUAUUACUGUAUUGGCUACAUUGUUUGAUAUAAUGGAAGACUCUAGGUUUCAGAAAAUCGCAGUUACAGGUUUUUCAAAAAUGCUAAAUGCUCAACCUCCCCCCUACCCAACCUUAGGCCUACAUCAGCACGACCCAAUCCUAGGGAGAGCCCUGAUUGUACAAUAAAACAUAUUUCUAGUUAGCUGCUGAAGGAGCAGCCGAUUACCAAGUAUCCAUAAGUCUAUAGUCUACCAUUCCUAUUGAGGCAGUCUUCUGCCAACAUCAUUAUUGGGCUAAAAAAGGUGCAUUUGCCUAUGAUUUGAGCAGUGUGGGUGUCGCACUCCGCCGUCGUGGGGUUCAGGCCGGGGGUUCCGGGCUGAAGUGGUACUAAAAACAAAUCUUCCAGGUUGAUAGGUCUGGAUCCUAGAUCAGUCUAUACCUGCACAGAAGGAGAACUGAGUCACCAUGUGCACUGCUCCUGGUCAUAAGUCAAUCUCUCAACGAUUUAGUGUGUGUCCCCCCCCCCUUAAACGCGAUACAAACACUCACCCACUUACUCCAACCCUUGGUCCCAGGGUGUUCAGCCUAGACAAUGGCCUCCUGCUGCAACCUUUCUCUGCAUUGUCUUUCUGCUCCAAUAGGCAACAAAGUGUGUGUGUGUGUGUGUGUGUGUGUGUCAGCAUCUGUCUGAAAAAAAGAAAAAAAACACUGCUACGGCCUGUAGAAACUAGGUUACCGAUCAUUGUGUGUCUGCUUUGGAUGCGUUCACAUUCUCAGUAGAAUUCUAUGGCCUGCCUCAACUCAUCCAGCCCUAAGGCCUAAGACUCCAGCUCCUAGAUAGCAGACUCCCGAACAAAUCCAAUGCUUGUAAUGCUGACAUGCUAACUGCCCUUGCAUGGAUACAAGCACCUGAAAUUCCUUACCUGUUAGAUAGAUGACAGUGGCCUAAUUUCUUGUUUUCCUGACGUUGUUCAGCCGACAUCAUAUCUACUGUGGAGUUCAACCACUCAGGAGAGCUGCUAGCCACAGGAGACAAGGGUGGCAGGGUCGUCAUCUUUCAGCAGGAAAUAGAGGUAUGGCUGCCUGUCUGGAAGUUUGGAGUUUGAAUUCAAAAUCAGCAUUCUUAAUUCUAGUUGCGUUUGAAUGAAAAGUUGAUGAUGAUGUGGAAAACAAAAACUAACAUUUUCUACCCUUUCCUCUGCCUCUUUCUCCGUCACUUACUCCAUAUCCUCUUUUCUUCCUCCCAACAGAAUAAGAGUCAUCCACAGUGCCGCAGUGAGUACAAUGUUUACAGCACUUUCCAGAGCCAUGAGCCCGAGUUUGACUACUUGAAGAGUUUGGAGAUCGAGGAGAAGAUCAACAAAAUCCGCUGGCUGCCCCAGAAGAACGCAGCUCAGUUCCUGCUGUCCACUAACGGUCAGUCAUUUACCUUCACCUACAAACAGCCAGUUCACUCUCUGGUGAACUUUUAUACAUGCAUGACAUCACACCACUGAGCUUUCUUUGGAUGUUAAAUGUAUUUAUCUAGUCCUGUGUACUGAUUGGCAGACAAAACUAUAAAGUUGUGGAAGAUCAGUGAACGAGACAAGCGACUGGAGGGCUACAACCUGAAAGAGGAGGAUGGACGCUGCAUAGACCCCAACACUGUCACUGCACUUCGGGUACGUGCUUAGCUAGCUGAUUACAUGCCAGGGGCUAUAGUAUAGAGAAACACUUGUUGUCACUGUGUGGGCGUUGCCCAUACUCAUAGACCCUCACCCGCUGACUCUUCCCUCUGUGCCCUUGCAGGUGCCCGUGUUUAGACCUAUGGACCUUAUGGUGGAGGCAAGCCCUCGUAGGGUGUUUGCCAACGCCCACACCUACCACAUCAACUCCAUCUCAAUUAACAGUGACCAUGAGACGUAUCUAUCCGCAGAUGACCUGCGCAUCAACCUCUGGCACCAGGAGAUCACUGACCGCAGUUUCAGUAUCCUCAACCAGCUGUUAAUUAUAGGAUGGGUGGGGGAAGGUGUGUUUGUGUGUGUUUACCACCAGUUUAUCCCAAAUUCCUUCUCAGUAGUUGUUAGUCCCCCUUUACUCUAGCCCCUCCCAGACAUUGUGGAUAUUAAGCCAGUCAACAUGGAGGAGCUGACAGAGGUGAUCACAGCAGCUGAGUUCCAUCCUAACCAGUGCAACACCUUCGUCUACAGCAGCAGCAAGGGCUCCAUCCGCCUCUGUGACAUGAGGGCGUCAGCACUAUGUGACAAGCACUCCAAAUGUGAGUACCUAUGAUCACCAGUCACUUAGUGGCUUCUGCAUCAACCUCUAUAUUAGGGGCUUACACGUUUGACCAUUAGAAAAUGUCUUGAAUUCAUUCACAUCGCUGCAGAGGAGAGAUGUGGAAAUAUCUUGGAAAAGGUUAGCUAGCACAGCAACAUGCACUUUAUUAUCACUAAUAGCAGUUUCUAAAUGAACUUUACCUCAUCUCCCUCUCCAGUGUUCGAGGAGCCAGAGGACCCCAGUAACCGCUCCUUCUUCUCUGAGAUCAUCUCAUCCAUCUCGGACGUCAAGUUCAGCCACAACGGACGCUACAUGAUGACCAGGGACUACCUGUCUGUCAAGAUCUGGGACCUGAACAUGGAGACCAGGCCUGUGGAGACAUACCAGGUGAGACUGGUAGAGGAAGUGUGGAGACAUACCAGGUGGGACUGGCAGAGGGAGUGUGGGGACGUACCAGGUGGGACUGGCAGAGGGAGUGUGGGGACGUACCAGGUGGGACUGGCAGAGGGAGUGUGGGGACGUACCAGGUAGGACUGGCAGAGGGAGUGUGGGGACGUACCAGGUGGGACUGGCAGAAGGAGUGUGGAGACGUACCAGGUGAGACUGGCAGAGGGAGUGUGGAGGUUUGAGGUUGGGGAAAGUCAACAGAUUUGGUAGUGUAUGUGUGCAUGCAUGACUGUAAGUCGCUUUGGAUAAAACGUAUGUUAAUUAUGUAUUAAAUCCUCUAAGAAAACCAAUGGUCCGAACCUCACCUCUAAUAACCUGGUCAAAAAUAAGGAAAAUUGCACAGCAUCGUGUCAGCUAGGCUGGAUACUGUGCGAGAAUUAAGCUACCAGACAUGCUCCCGUUGAACUCGUCAUCUUUGUUCUCGAAUCCGCAGGACAUAAAACAAUAUAGAGGUAAGAUGGAUAUCGAUUUUGAGACGUGACAUGUAGUAUUUUCAUAUUUUUAGUAUACACUUUUCAUAUUAAUGCGAAGAUUUCUCACAAAAACAAGCGUAUCUCUGUGAAAUGUCAACGGAGCACUGAGCGUACUGCAAGCUUUUUAUUUUCAAAGCCUUUUACAUUUAAUUCAGCUCGUGUCAUGGUAAUUUUGCUUUUUGCGACCAGUAAAACAACAUGUAAAAUCCUCAAAAGUUGCUUCGAGAAAGCUGCACCACUCUGUCAACAGAGCUCUGUGCUUAUUAUCGGAUGUAUAAGGUUAAGAAAUCCGACUUUAUGGAUGGACUGUUAAUGAAAUGUUAGAGCGAGACCCCACUGAACAAUUAAGAACAUGAAUAAUCAUAUUGGUCUUGGUAAAAAUGCAUUUUAUAACAUAAGGAAGUGAAACGUCAUCACCAAAGCGCGUUUUCACCCACUCUGGGCAGAAUGGGUUUGACACCCAAUAUAUUAUUAUAUAUGGUAGAAUUUAUUUUAAUCAGAGUGCAGAUUUUUAUCAAGGACUGACCCACCUUAUUUUCUUUAUGCCGUUCAGACAAUGUCCACUAGGGGGUACUCUAAGAUUAUGUUUUUGCCAGACUGCUGCACUAUCGCACCCUGAAAAAAUUAGAAGCCAAACAAUGAGUUUUACUUUGAACUUAUUUAAUGGUGUUGUAGGCCAUUUCAAUCAUCUGAACCCGCACAUUCUAAAUAUUAGAUCCAAAAUGACCCUCCUAAAUACCCAGAAUUGACCACUGUGGUGAACUCUGAGCUGAGGUUAGAGUAUCUGACUCUAAGUUGAUGACCUCUGACCUGUCUGUCCCCCUCCAUGGCAGGUUCACGAGUACCUCAGGAGUAAGCUGUGCUCGCUCUAUGAGAACGACUGCAUCUUUGACAAGUUUGAGUGCUGCUGGAACGGAAACGACAGGUUAGCAUUGCCAAGUCCUCAAAUUGUAUUCAUAAAUGACAAUAACAAGCCCUAGGUUCUUCAUUCCUUGUUUUAAUCCUCUCCCUCAUGUUCCUCUACAGUGUGGUGAUGACGGGCUCGUACAACAACUUCUUCCGGAUGUUUGACCGGGGCCAGCGGCGGGACGUGACCCUGGAGGCGUCCCGGGAGAGCAGUAAGCCACGGCAGGUCCUGAAGCCCCGCAAGGUGUGUGCCGGCGGGAAGCGGAAGAAGGACGAGAUCAGCGUAGACAGCCUGGACUUCAACAAGAAAAUCCUCCACACCGCCUGGCACCCCCAGGACAACAUCAUUGCUGUGGCAACCACCAACAACCUCUACAUAUUCCAGGACAAAGUGAACUAG